UUUUGGCGGGAAUCCCAAUUAAAGGCUCCGGCUGGAGUGUAAGGGGUAUUAUUGGAAAUUACUAAGGUCUUGUGUAUAGCGUAAUUACGGUAUUGCAUUUAGACUCGCUGAUAUAUAUAUUUUACUUUGAAUCCAAAAUAUCUGCCGACUGACAAAUUACCCGAUCUGCAGCACAAAUUCUCCGAUGAGCUUAUCUCUGCUGCAAGGCUACUCCUCCGCCGAAGAAGACGACGGCGACCAACUGUUGCUGCAAGAGGAACAGCUCUCCUCCGAUGAAGAGGCGAACGACGCCGUUCCGAAGACUAGCCGUUCCUACAAACCCUUGACCGAUCCCAAUCCGCCGUCCUCUUCCUCCCUGCCUUCCGCUUUCGACGCCUUCUCCGAAAUUUCAGGACCGCCGCAGUUUCUGAACAACUCUGUGAAAGAAGAUACGCCGAAAGAAGAUGUGCAUCGGUGGAGGCACGGUGGUCGGAGAAAUCGUAAAGCAAAGAAUAAUUUACCUUCAGGUGCUGUAGUCGAAUCCAAGGCCCAAUUAGUUGGAAUCCACGAGAGAGUGAGAAGCGAUAUCGUAAGCAACGUUUCCAAAGACCAACCCAACGGUGCAAAACGUGUGGCUACAGCUGGAAACCCUAAUGCAGAAGAUGCAGCUGAACUUUUAAGGAUGUGUGUGAAAUGUGGAAUCCCGAAAACGUUCACUCAUGGGAAAGGAAUGGUUUGCCCAAUGUGUGGGGACCGCCCACCUGUCGACUCGGAUAAAGAAUCUCUGAAGAAAAAGAGUUCGGCUGUCAAGGACAAGGAGAAGAGUAAGAGGAUGAAGGGCCAAUCAUCACAUGCCACGUGGAAAAGUGAAACGGAGAUGCAACUCAGGCAGCAGUUUGAUUAGAGAAAAACGAGGCUAGAGUUUUCGAUGACCUCAUCAUGUAUGUUUAGUUUUUUUGUUUUUUUUUUUUUUUUUUGAACUUUUAGAAAUUGCGGAUGGAUCUGUGCUAUAAUUUGUUGUCACCUCUAUUUGUAUCUGUUACUUUGUUCGUUUAUUCU